AGUGCGGGGCUUUUUUUUUCGCGGGAAGCGGUCAGUGGCGGGAAGGAAGGCGGGAACUCGCGCCGACUGCAAGAUUUGGCGCCACUUCGCAGUCCUCUUUCGCUCGUGUUUCGACGUUCGAUGUAACGUUGGCUUGGUGGGUUCCGUGUUUGUUUGUUUACCAAAACUGUUUCGAACGUAAACCUUUGCAAAAUGGUACGGACGAAGGGAGACAGCGCUUCGAAAGCCGUGGGUGCCAAGGCACCCUCGAAGGCCAUGAGAAGUCCAGGAGCCUCGUCAUCGCGAGCCGGGUCAUCUAGCAGCUCUAAGAACGCAAACGACAGGUACAGCGGUGGCAAUGCCUAUUGCCCACGGCCCACCCCUCCGUGGCAGAAGGAGAUCACAACUUUCUUCACAGCCAAGCCCAAGGAACCAUCUGGGAGCAGCGAAUCGGGAGAGGGGUCGUCCACUCAAGCUGAUGUACACAGCGACCAAGAGUGACCCUGGCAGACUGCCUUUUUUCUGAUCAAAGCAUCAGUGGACUGUUGACAAUUUUGCAUGCAUGAAUUUCAUUCGGCUUUUGUUUAAGCGUUGGUGAACCCUAGAGGCUUGCUCAUACACUUGCGACUGACUUUGACAGAGCCAGUUUUUAAGGCGCUUGUGAAAGCUUACAGCGGGCUGCGUAGCAGCAAUGCUUAAAAACCAGUUGCAUAGGAGUCGGUCGGAAUCAAUUGCAAGUGUGCAAACCAUCCUUAAAGGUCGAUGAUCAGAAUCUGACCAUUAGCAUGAACCACCUUUAGAGCAGAUGUGGCAGGGUUCUCGAAAGGGUGCCAGCAAGUGCUGGUACCAGUUAACCUCUAAAGAAAAGCAUGUUUAGUUCUUCAUUUUUGUUGUGCAGGAAGUGGUGAAUAAUGCAGCGUUGUAAUUGCUAUACUCCGUUCACCUUUAAGCUGAAACUUGAAGCUCCGCCUUCAGCGUGAGCUCACUGGCUUCCGCUAUGCUUUGGUUGCACGUGCCUUUGCAUUCACACUUAGCAUGUUGAAGGCAGAGCUUCUAGUCUCAGCUUAAGGGUGAACAGAGCAUAGCGUCCUCCCAGUUGCAGAGUGGAGCCAAUUUAUUGUGUACUGUGUUGGGCUGGGUUUGAGCUGCUGGGAUUUGACCUACCUUGUCCAAUUCAAAAGCCUGACUUUGGGAACUGUGUUAAUUAUCUUUGAAUAUUAAAGUUAAUGGAAGGCAAAUGAACUUUGACAAACAUGAUGGUGCUGACUUACCUUUAGCAUUGUUUCUAUGGGAAACCAAUUUUCGUUUCAUGCACUCUAAAUCAAGCCUGUGUAUUUGCCUUCCUGCAGAACAGAUGGGGAGCCAAUCAUUGCCAACUAUGAAAGGACUUGAGCAAGUGGCAAUGCUCAAAACAGGAAGAGGCCUUCAAAGCAUGCUGUUAGGGGCAAUGAGCAUGAUGUUUGUUGCUUGUGCUUUGAAGCACAUCUUUUUCUAAUUUGUAUCAAUCUCUUGUGCUUUCCAUACAGCGAUUUUGGCUUAGUCUGUUAUUUGUUGGAGCUGUCAUAUCAUCUCAUGUUGGCCAGUCCUUGCUUCAACGUUUCAUUACAAUAGCACUAAAUAUUUCGUCUUUCUUCCUUUUUUUUUUUUUUUUUUUUUGCAGAGAGAAUUUGCGUGAAUGUUUUGAAGUUUCGACGUUGUACAUACCUGUCAAGUGUGGAUGUUUUUAAUAAAAGGAAUGGAAUGCUA